AAUAAAACAAUUCUAAAACCCGUAAAACUACCACAUUCAUUAAAAACCCCCUGUUCUAAUUAUGUCACAUGUUCAUUAUGGGUCCAUCAGCAGGCCGGGAAUUCCUUCUUUAGAGCUGAGUCCACGUCAGCCUCGUCUUCGGCAGACAAGAAAGAGCCUCCCAUCUUCUUGUCCUUCCGCUGGCCCAUCACUUCCCAGCCCGGCUUGCGUUCUGCACCCGAAUCCAUUAUGCGACCACCGCCACAGCUCCCCUUCCGUCGGUGUCCUGUAACAUAACAAAUAGGGGCCAGAACAAUGGUCCCAGAAGCGGCCCGGCUCAUGGCCAUGGCGACCCUCUCCCAAUCCAGCUGCACCCAGUAAACAGUAGAGACCCUACUCACAAAUGCAGGCAGAGGUAAACCUCUGCCCUGCUGCCAGUCACACGCGUUGUUUCCUACUGUUGCCGUUCAAUGAGGUCAGGACCGGGUUGCCGGGUCGCUGUGUCACGCUGGCCAUCUAGCACUAACCUUCCAGUCUGAGGCCUCUCUCCCUUCAGCGCUCAGCUAGCCUGCUUUUAAAAGGUCUUUACACAGCUGAUAGGCCACCUCUGGACACACCCAUGCCUCAGCAGGUGGUCCCUAUCAGCUAAUUUGUCCCAUGUGCAGCCAGUCCACAGUGGAUAAAAACCAUGUCACAUAAAACACUAAAAACCAUGCAAUAGAAAUAGAAUAAAACCAUGCAAAUAAAACAACACUCAUAAAUAACCACUAAAAAUCAAAAUAAAACAAUAUACAAGAUAAAUACACAUUUCCACUGUGUGACAUCCCCCCAUAUUUUAACUGUGACAGUCCCUGUCACAACAUUCAGGUGCUCUGUCCAGGAGGGUGGCUGGACAACAUUUGACCUUGCUGGCUACUGUGUCUCUGGUAGUCCCUUCUGUACACGUAACACAUGAAACAUCAGCAAUAAUCUGCUACCAACGAGUUCCUUUGAAUGCAUCCUAGAAAAGUUACAGCACAGGUGUUCAGGAUGAAAACUGCUGGACAGUGAAUUAUGUCAAGAGGAGAAUCUGUGCUCUGGAAGGAUCUUCAGUCAACAUUAUCAGUAAAUACUCACAUCCUGAUAACAUGAAACCAGAGUUUAAAUUAUGGAUUAAAAAAUGGAGAACAGGGGAUAAGGAACUUGAAAAACCGAUUGAGCCUUCAGGUCGUGUGGAGUAUCACGACAAUGUGAAGAACCAACAUACCCUGACCAUCAAAAACCUGAAGAAGAAUGACUCAGGAGAAUAUACAUUCAUCCUGAAACGACAUGAUAAAGAACUGAAACUGCCUGGAGUCUUUUUGAUUGUCACAGAGCUGAGAGUGAAGAUGAGUCCUUCUGCAGUGGUGACAGAGGGUCAGAGAGUCACACUGACCUGCAGUACCAGCUGUCCUCUGACUGACAACACAAACUACAUUUGGUACUUGAACAGUCGACCUCUGAACAUGACAGAGACACACAACAAACAUCUGAUCCUAGACGCAGUCAGCAGGGAGAAUAUAAGAAAUUAUUCCUGUGGUGUUAAAACCAACAAGGAUAGCACCACAGCUCAAUGGCUACCAGCAGCUGCAGGAGGUUUUGCAGCUCUCCUGUUAAUAAUAAUAAUACUUCUCACUGUGUUCUGCUGCCGGGGAAAAAAGAAGGCUUCCAGUCAUUCUCCAAAGAGUGAAAUAUCAGACAACAAACAGCAGGUCAGCCUUAAUCCCAUAUAUGGAAACAACCCAGCUCAGCACAGCAGGAUGCUUGACACCAUGAACCACGAAGCUCAGCUCUAUGCCAAUGAAGUUGAUCUCUAUUCCAAUGGCGCUAGUCUCUACUGUAACCUCUAAUAUUGAGUCAUUGCCUACAAGAAAAGCACCACAGUUGAUGAGUCCAGAGUGUUAAACAAUCACAGUCUAUAGUGGAAAUAUAAGGUAAAAUACAGUAGAAAUUAGUAAAAAAGUAAAAAUGCAUAGGGUUUUCAACUUAAAGAUAGCCUACGAUAUUACGUGUUGCA